AUGCGGCAUGUGCGACUGCUUCUGUUGCUGCAGCAGGCAACGGAUCAUGAGUUGCUUGAAGUGGCUCAGACUGCACAGCGGCACCUAUUUCCACAUGUGGUACUACUGCUGGACACAGGCAAAGCCUAUCGACUGCAGCCGUAUGAAGAGAAGCAUUGGCAACUGCUGCAGUCGAACAGCAGCCCGAUCUUCACCAGCAAAUAUAACUACCAUCAACUCACGGCUCGCAGUCUACCCGAUCAACUGUUGCCGCAAUCUCUGUCUUACACGGAUCGGAAGACAGGCAGAAGGCGGCUGACUGGCUAUAUGCCCAUGAUGUUAAUGGAGUUUGCACGCGUCUACAACAUAUCGCUGCAGUGGGAGGAGCAGCCGAAAACUGACCAAAAGAUAUCCAUGAUUCUGUUGCGUAACAUGACUCUGAAUGGAACUCUCGACAUGCCUAUGACACUCUGCGGCUACGAAUUGUCCACCGCAAAGGGCAUCUUUACCUAUCCCUUCGAAAUUUCCGAGUGGUUCAUCAUAGUGCCCUGUGCCCAGGAGAUAGCUACGGCCAAGGUCUACCCAAUGGUGAUCAGUCGCAACAUGAUGGUAGUGCUCCUGGCGAGCUACUACAUCUUCGCGCUGCUGGAUACUUGCUUUGGCUGGCUGUUGUUGCAGCAGCAAGUUGAUUGGACGAACCUAUUCUUCAAUGAGCGCAUGAUCUCAGGCUUAAUUGGACAGCCGUGCCGGCUUAAAGCCCAUGCCAUGAACAGCUCUCGUCUGGCUCAUGCUCAGCUCUUUCUGUUGGGCCUUAUACUAAGCACGCUCGUCACCGCCCACUUGAAGACGCUGUUAACUAUGCGGCCCAUGGAACGAAUGAUCACCAAUUUCGUGGAACUGCGCGACUCUGAUCUCGAUAUUCACUUCACCGAGGACGAGCAUUUCUAUGUGAAUAUGAUGUCGAAAUUGAGCCCUCUCCAAGUUGUUAGAUCAAAGAUCAUAUUUCUGGAAGCGAAGGAAUUCGAACUGAUGCGCAAGAGACUCAGCAAAUCGAAGGCAUUUUCUAUGACAGACAACGUGUGGGAGUUUUAUAAGAAGCAACAGCAACUAUUCAAACGGCCUGUGCUAUGCUUUCAUCCCGAUCUCGUAUUUCGCUCCAAAAUACUCGCUUCUAUGCCAUUGCAGCCGAACUCCAUCUAUGCCGAGCCACUGCAUCAGUUCAUGAUUCGAGUCAAGGACACGGGCCUGUUGAUGUACUGGAAGGAACAAUCGCGUCGAGACUUUAUCGCGUUGGGUGAAAUCAAUCGCAAAGAUCCAUAUCCGUAUGAGUCCUUUCAUGACUUCAAGGUGAAUGACUUGUUCUACGUCUGGUUGGGCUGGGCAUCAGCCUUAUUCGUGGCAUUUGUCAUCUUCUUGUGCGAUCACUUCAAGCUGAACAAUGUGGAGUGCCGCUGUUACGACACCGCCUACUGUGAGUUCCAGCAGUGUGAGCUGACGAUGCGGCGCCGGGGCGUGGCUGCCUUUAGCAUGCACGCGGUGCUGCAUCAGAGGCCUGUGGACAAUAUUUUCAUCAACCUGGAGCUGUUCAAGAAAUCGAAUGGCUAUCGCUCCUUUCUGCUAAAUCAGAGUCUCGACUUCUGCUACUACAUGCGCAAUCCCAAGGCCUACAUAUUCUUUCACUCGUUCCACAAGACCUUCGCGUCUGUCUCCAACUUCAAUCACACGUGUCCCUAUGAUCACGAUAUCAUAAUUAAACGAUUUAUUUAUGAGCGGGGCUCCUUGAUUGACCUACCCUUACCAAAUGGAGACUAUAUGAUAUACAUAAAACUCUCGGUUUCCAAAGCUUGGCGAGCGGAACUUAAAAUUUUCGUCACACGAUCUGAUUAA